GUCCAUUUCAACCGGAUGUCAUAUCCAGCCGGCAGUUGCCGCGUUAUUAUAUACCGGUCUGCAUCAGGCGUUCAGGAAACCAGCCACUCGCUAGCCAUUCAUUCGCCAGUCAAUGAAGAAGUCAAAGCCUUCGAGUGCCGAGCUUUGUUUAACGGAUAGUUGAUUCUUCGGCGCAUCGGUGUUUCGGGAUAACUGUUUAUCGGAGAACAAGUGGAUGUGUGGCGUGGUUGAUCGGCACUGUGUUAACGGCGUCAGGGAAUCAUAUUGAAUUAACCGUAUCGGAAUUGAGCGGAAAUGCGGCCGGCAGCGUGGUCGGAUGACCGGCAACGCCAGCCGCAGCGGCAGCGUUGCGCGGCGCCGGCGUCCAGUCGACUCUCCUUGUUUUUGACUUCUGGUUGCCUUUUUCUUCAGAGUGUAUGUAGCGUACAAGCGCUGACCAGCAACGACACGUGCUUGUUGGCGCCGGAACGCGGUCCGUGCCGCGAGAGCCAUCUGCGCUUCUUCUACGACGCCAACGCCGACCAGUGCAGCCUGUUCCUGUACGGCGGCUGCCAGGGCAACAGCAACAACUUCCUCACACUGCAAUUAUGCCAGGCUGGCUGCCAGACGCGGAGGGAGCGGACGGGAGCGGCGGCGGCACAACAACUGCCGGCAACGCUGUUUAAUCUCCAGAAUGAAGCGCUGCGCUCGUUGGCCCAACGGACGCUGUUCGCUGCCGUCGGUGGCAAUCAGCAGCUGACCAAAUCCGCCGUACAGCAGCAACAGGAUAACAGCGACGCGAAUUUCUUGCUGCAGCAACAACGGGCCGGCUCACUGCUUUUGGACGAUAUCUGCCAGCAGCCGGUACAGCGAGGAUUUUGUUCGGGAUUCGUGCCGCGCUGGUACUUCCACGUCCCGACUGCCGCCGACGGCGGGCAGCAUAACGCGUCCCUUUCGCCAGCGGGAGUGCCGGCGCCCACCUGCCGCCUUUUUUAUUACAGCGGCUGCGGCGGCAAUGCCAACAAUUUCGUAACCCGCGACACUUGCCAGCAGCGCUGUGCUCCGCCGCUGCCCAACUGGACGACGGCUGCUGGCGGAACGGGAACGGGGACGAACGCGCAGGGCGAUGGCUUCCUGUUUCCGGUUAUCACCAACGCAAAAGGGUGCUCGGUUAAACCACAGCGCGGUAAUUGCCGUUCCGCACUAAUCCGUUGGUAUUUCGAUGUGGCGACGCAGCGCUGUUCCGAGUUCGUCUACAGCGGUUGUAACGGCAACGAGAACAACUAUCCCAGCCAGCAGGAAUGCCAAGCACGCUGCGCCACUACCGACCACCCCACGGGCGGCAACGCGAUGCCGGAAGGAAAUAUUGAUCCGGAAACCCACUUCCGGUUGCGCGGUAUCGACACGCAGUCCCGCGCAUCUCCCGCCAACGUCCUGUUUCCGGGCUCGUGGCCGGCCAACGAAGCGGCCGAACAUCCCGAUCUAGCGGCCGACCAAGCAGCCAAGAGCCCCGCCUCUAAGGCGCUGGAGGGCGGAGUCAAAAACAUCGACGUGCCACAACGUUGCCUGGCGGAGAUGGACCGUGGGCCGUGCGUGAUCGACAUGGAGCGCUGGUACUACGACACACGGACUGCAACUUGCCGACCUUUCUAUUACGGUGGCUGCAUGGGCAAUGAAAAUCGCUUCUCGUCCCGGAAGGACUGCGAGACGGUGUGUGCCGCGCCGGCCGGCGGCGAGCGCGUCCUCAUCCCCAACAUUAGCUCCACCGACCUGCAGACCUGCCUGCUGCCGCCCGCCACCGGCACCUGUCGGUCGGCCUUCCGGCGCUACUACUACGACUUCGAUCUGGGCCAGUGCAAGGAGUUCAUCUACGGCGGCUGCGACGGCAACGCCAACAACUUCCGCACCGGCGACGAAUGCCAGGCCCGCUGCGGGAACAUCGCCGGGAAUCUGGGCGGAGGUCGCCGGCCGGCACCGGAAGUGGAGCAGCCGCGUCCGCAGCAGCAGCAACCACCGGCCACCUUCGGCACGGGACUGUCCGGCGGAGCGGGCGGGGCGCGGUGCCGGCUGCCGUCGGACGAGGGCCCCUGCAAGGCCUUCUUCCCGCGCUACUUCUUCAACGGCCGCACCUGCGAGGUGUUCGUCUGGGGCGGCUGCGAGGGCAACACCAACAACUUUGAGAGCAUCGAGGAGUGUCAAAUGGAGUGUCAGUCGGCGGCGGUGGCGCCGGGGGAUCGUCGCAAUGCGGUUAACAUCCUCCCACCCACCACUAUCAACGUCCUGCCGCGAACGGAUUUGUCGACCGGUGCGGGAGGCGGGAGCGUCAGCGGCGCUUGCCAGCAAGCCCCGGACUCCGGACCCUGUCCCGGCAACGUCCAGCGUUUUUUCUACGACACCACGGUGGGAUUUUGUAAAGCCUUUUCCUACGGCGGCUGUGGGGGGAAUUUCAACAACUUCCGUUCGGCGGCCGAGUGCGACAUGGCCUGCCGGACUGGCACUGCGCGGACGACAGGCGGCGCCACCAACACCACGCUCUCCGUGCCCACGAUAUGUACGUAUCCGGCCACACGUGGACCCUGCCGCGCCUUCAUGCCGGCUUAUUUUCACGAUAUCCGCGAUGGACUGUGCAAGAUGUUUUAUUACGGAGGCUGUCAGGGAAACGAGAACCGCUUCCUGACGCGCCAAGAGUGCGAACGGACCUGCAGCGACGCUCCCGACACCAACGAGCUCUUCCCUGGCCGGGCGUCGCCGGGCGACACGCGCUCUAAUUUAGGCAGCGUCUUUGACCGCGUCGCCCUGACCGGAAGUGGCGCGGCCAGCAAUCCCGGCCGAAGCAACAUCUGCAGCCUGCCGGCGGAGCCGGGACGUUGCUUGGCAAUGAUUCCGUCCUUCUUCUACGAUCGCGACAUGGGCCGGUGUCGGCAGUUUAUCUACGGCGGAUGUCUUGGUAAUGCUAACCGCUUCUCGACACUGGACGAAUGCCAGAAUUUCUGCGUACCUGGCAGCAGCGCCGGCAACGCCCAGCUGUCGCCGGGGCAGCAGACGCGCGCCGCGCUUCCCAGCGGGCAGAACACCGUGGGAAACGAGGUCUCCCGCCAGAAUCCCGAUUGCUUACUGACGCUAGAGACGGGUCCGUGUCGCGGCAGUUUCCGCAUGUGGGGCUUCGACAUCAACCAGCAAGCCUGCGUCCAGUUCACCUACGGAGGCUGCGGCGGCAACAAGAACCGUUUCGAGCGGCGCGAGGACUGCCUGCAGCAGUGCGGCGCCCUCAUCGUCCCCGACAAGGCCAACAUGAUGCGGCUGCAGGCGCAGCAGCAGCUGCAGGGCUCGCAGCAGCCCUCCGGGAAUGCGGCCGGACUGCCGUUUACCUUCAACGUCCCGGGCCGCAAUGAUGUCGCGCCCGGACAGGAUAGCAGGCGGGGCUGAUGCAAUUGAUUUUCUAUUUGUCCGCACUGGGAUGGAGCAGCGGGGACAAACUAACGGGCGGUGCACGAGCUGUAGUAUUCGCUGUAGUCGUUGGUGAUUGUAGACUUCUCCACGCGGCUGCUGUUGUUCUGUUAAACUGCGCACGAGGGCCAUGUUGGCACUUUAUUAAUGUUGUUGCACUUUAAGCUGCAGUCAAGUGUAAUCUUUUUCACGGCGCUUUGUUAAUAAAUUUCAAA